AUGAGUUACGUUAUAACAGCAAUAGCACGCGGAAAGCAGUUCCCAUCCGGAAUUAGUAAUUCGAUCACUGCCCUCAUUGAAAAGCUUCCAUUAAAGCUUGUUUCUGUCGUGAAGCUUAGCCCAGAUAGAGCUGCAGAUUACGAAGUUCAGCUUGAUAUAACAAAGACGGGGGUGGAAAAGCCGGAUCAGUCGUUUGUGGAUAAAUUGGCAAGCAAUGUUCACAGCCAGCUCAAGGAGACCCAUUUGGAUGGUGUUGAUCUCAUUUUCCAGAGGAAUGAUGACAACAGAAAGAAUAAAAAAUUGGCUGUUUUUGACAUGGACUCAACUUUGAUUGAGCAAGAGGUUAUAGAGUUGAUUGCUGCCCAGGCACAUUGUGAAAAGGAGGUGGCUGCAGUUACCAGAGCUGCCAUGAAUGGAGAAUUGGACUUCAAGCAGUCUCUUGCAAAACGCGUUGCUCUACUUAAAGGCAUUGAGUCAAAGGAUUUGUGGGACUCCUUAAAGCCUCAGUUGAAAUUUACCAAUGGAGUUCGUGAGCUCUGUAAGUUCUUGAAGGCUAAAGGUGCCAAGUUGGCCGUUUUUUCUGGUGGUUUCUUACCUUUGGCUAACUAUGCUAAGGAGCAGCUCGGAUUAGAUUAUGCCUUUGCAAAUGUGCUAGGAACCGAGUUCAACGCCGAGGGUAAGGAAGUCUUGAGCGGCGAAACUGUGGGUGAAGUUGUUGAUGGUCAGAAAAAGAGGAAAUUCAUGCUUGACAUCGCUGCAGAAAACGGUAUUCCAUUAGCCAAAGCCGUUGCAACUGGUGAUGGUGCCAAUGAUUUGCCAAUGAUGCAGGCUGCAGGAUUCGGUAUUGCUUGGAAUGCCAAGCCUAAGGUUCAGAAAGAGGCACCUUGCUGUCUUAACUCCGGCUCCUUGGAGGACUCCCUCUACAUUUACGGAUAUAACGACUCCGAGAUAGCCGAGGUCUUGGAUAAAAAUUAG